CGAAACUUUGGUAUUUCAGAAAGCCCGAUUCAACUCGAGGACCCCACCCUCUACAUUUCCCCGAACCUUCUUCUUCUUCUUCUUCUUUACCAUCUCUCUCUUAAGCUCAAAAAUCUCCUCUUUUAGACAGUCAAGCAUGAGCGAGUUCUCCAACAUGUACAACCUGGUUGUUUCCUCACUUUGAUUUUCGUGUUUGGGGUUGACUUUGGGAACUUGGUGGUACAUGAGCAAGUUAUUUGGGUUAAUCAAUUCAGAGGUUGAUUUUCCAUCUGUGAUUGCCAUUUAAAACAAUCUAUAGUCAUGAAUUUCCAGCAAGAUAAAUUUGUGAGGUUUCAGGAUUGGAAUUCAGAGAAAAACACCGGGGUGUUAUAUUCUCCAAAUAAUGAUACACACCCAGGAAGAAUCAGAACAACGAUAGACACAGUUUCAGACAAGUUUCAAAGAGGAUUGGAAUCUAGUUCUGAGAGGAUUAAAAGGAUUAAGCAAUCCUUGAAAUCAUGUUCUUUUGGUAGUGUCAUGGCCAAAAGCUGGGUUUCCCAGAAGAAAGUUCUUGAUCCACAAGGGCCAUUUCUUCAGAAGUGGAAUAAGAUAUUUGUGCUCUCAUGCGUGAUUGCAGUUUCUUUGGAUCCUUUGUUCUUUUAUGUCCCAGUAAUUGAUGAUAAGAGAAAGUGCUUAGACUUGGACGGCAAGAUGGAAAUCACAGCAAGUGUUUUGCGUUGGUUCACAGAUUUAUUUUAUAUAACACAUAUAAUUUUUCAGUUUCGUACUGGGUUUAUUGCUCCCUCUUCUCGAGUAUUUGGAAGAGGUGUUUUAGUUGAAGAUCCUUGGGCCAUAGCAAAGAGAUAUCUGUCAACUUACUUCCUAAUUGACAUUCUUGCUGUCCUUCCUCUCCCGCAGGUGGUGAUUUUAAUUAUCAUUCCAAAAUUGGGAGGCUCAACAUCGUUGAAUACAAAGAACUUGUUGAAAUUUGUUGUUUUGUUCCAAUAUAUACCGAGGGUCAUUCGAAUAUAUCCACUGUAUACAGAAGUUACAAGGACAUCGGGCAUACUCACUGAAACUGCCUGGGCAGGAGCUGCAUUUAAUCUUCUACUUUACAUGCUUGCAAGUCAUGUACUCGGAGCCUUUUGGUACUUGUUUUCUAUCGAACGACAAACCAAAUGCUGGCAAGAUGCCUGCGAGAUGAAUAACACUUUAUGUAACACUGCUUCUUUGUAUUGCGAAAACUCGAGUAACAUACAAUUGCGGACAUUUUUGAAUGAUUCCUGUCCAAUACAAGAAGAUAGUCCAAAAUUCAAUUUCGGAAUAUCUCUUGAUGCCCUUCAAUCUCAUGUUGUUGAUUCAACGACUGAUUUUCCUCAGAAGUUGUUCUAUUGUUUCUGGUGGGGCCUGCGAAAUUUGAGUUCUCUUGGUCAAAACCUUGAAACUAGUACCUAUGUCUGGGAAAUCUGCUUUGCAGUCUUCAUUUCCAUUGCUGGGUUGGUGCUAUUCUCAUUCCUUAUAGGAAAUAUGCAGACAUAUUUACAGUCCACAACUACAAGAUUGGAGGAGAUGAGAGUGAAAAGAAGAGAUGCAGAACAAUGGAUGGCCCACCGAUUGCUCCCUGAGAAUCUGAGGGAACGCAUUAGGCGGUAUGAACAAUACAAAUGGCAGGAAACCAGGGGUGUGGAUGAAGAGAAUCUAAUCUGUAAUCUUCCAAAGGAUCUUAGAAGGGACAUAAAGCGCCAUCUCUGCUUGGCUUUGCUCAUGAGAGUGCCAAUGUUUGAAAAAUUGGAUGAACAGUUACUGGAUGCAUUGUGUGACCGUCUCAAGCCAGUGCUUUACACAGAGGAAAGCUACAUUGUUCGAGAGGGAGACCCAGUUGAUGAGAUGCUUUUCAUUAUGCGAGGCAGGCUACUGACUAUGACUACGAAUGGUGGAAGAACAGGUUUCUUCAACUCUGAAUAUCUCAAAGCCGGUGACUUCUGUGGAGAAGAACUUCUUACAUGGGCAUUGGAUCCCCACUCCUCAUCUAAUCUUCCUAUCUCAACCAGAACUGUCCAAGCCCUCACAGAAGUUGAAGCCUUUGCAUUAAAGGCAGAAGAUUUGAAGUUUGUAGCCUCUCAAUUCCGGCGGCUUCACAGCAAGCAGCUCCGCCACACUUUCAGGUUUUACUCUCAGCAGUGGAGGACUUGGGCUGCUUGUUUCAUUCAAGCAGCAUGGCGCCGCUAUAGUAAGAAGAAACUCGAAGAGUCUCUUCGUGAAGAGGAGAAUAGGUUGCAAGAUGCACUGGCCAGGGCUGGUGGCAGCUCACCAAGUUUAGGUGCCACCAUCUAUGCCUCACGAUUUGCUGCUAAUGCACUCCGUGCUUUAAGGCGUAAUAGUACACGGAAGGCAAGGGUUCCUGAGAGAAUACCACCCAUGUUGCUUCAGAAGCCUGCAGAGCCUGAUUUCACUUCGGAAGAACGAUAGUUACAAGAGAGUAGCGAUUGAUUAUAUGCAUGUUUUUGUUGUAUAACAUGUAAAAUGCAACUAUUUUAAGAUAUAAGCUACAGUUUGUUAAGUGUCCAAGGUCUGUAUAUUAUCUAUUUUUUUAUAUGGAAAUUCCCGAUUGUUUUUUUGGAGUUA